AUGGCUUCGCGAGUCCUUUCUCUCACAUCCAGAAGCAUUCGGCCAUUAACACAAAGCCGAACUGCUGCUCAUUUCACAUAUCAUCCUUCAGUUCCAUCUCAAAAUCUGAAUGGUGGGGACCCUGUAAAAAUGAAUUUGUGUCAAGCAGUAAACAGUGCCAUGGAUAUUGCUAUGAAAACUGAUGACUCAGCGGUCAUUUUCGGUGAAGAUGUUGCUUUCGGAGGAGUUUUCCGUUGUUCUCUUGGUCUUCAAGACAAAUAUGGAAAAGAUAGAGUGUUCAAUACACCUCUCUGUGAACAAGGAAUCGCUGGUUUCGGUGUUGGAUUGGCAGUAGCUGGCUCUACUGCUAUCGCGGAAAUUCAGUUUGGUGACUACAUCUUCCCCGCUUACGAUCAAAUUGUCAACGAAGCUGCCAAGUAUCGCUACAGAUCCGGAAAUCUUUUCAACUGUGGUAGUUUGACUAUUCGUGCUACUUGGGGUGCUGUAGGCCACGGAGCUCUUUACCAUUCCCAAUCUCCUGAAGCUCAUUUCACCCACACUCCUGGAUUGAAGGUAGUAGUCCCAAGAGGUCCUAUUCAAGCUAAAGGAUUAUUAUUGAGCUGUAUUCGUGAUCCAGAUCCAUGCAUUUUCUUCGAGCCCAAGAUUCUAUACAGAAUGGCCGUUGAGGAUGUACCUGAAGGAGAUUACGCUAUUCCUUUGGGCAAAGCUGAAACUGUUGUUUCUGGUACUGAUGUCACUUUGGUCGCAUGGGGUACCCAAGUGCAUGUUGCUCUCGAGGCUGCUGAGAUGGCUAAGAAGGAAUUGGGAGUUUCUGUAGAAGUUAUUGAUUUGGCUACCAUCCAACCAUGGGAUGAAGAUCAUAUCUGCGAGAGUGUUCUUAAAACUGGGCGUCUGAUUGUCACUCAUGAAGCACCCAUUACCAGCGGAUUUGGAGCUGAAAUCGCUGCCACAGUUCAACGCCGGUGCUUCUUAUCACUCGAAGCUCCUAUUGAACGUGUUUGUGGAUAUGACACUCCAUUCCCUCAUGUGUAUGAGCCUUUCUAUUUGCCUACCAAAUGGAAAGUCUUCGACAGUAUCAAGAAAAUCGUGAAGUAUUAG